GAAACAUGAUAUAUAUAUAUAUAUACAAGUCUAAAUUGAAAACAACGUUCAAAUCUAUGAUUGCGUUGGAUAAAAACCGCAAUUUUUAUACGUGUGCAUGCAAUACAAAUUUCUUGUUAGAGGGGUCUAAAUACAGCACAAACAACAUUUUCCAAAAGACCAAAAAAGUGAAAAAGUAUAUUUUAACAAAGUGCAUUUGACUAUAUAACAGGUCGAACAACAAAUGUUCUUAAACCCUGCUGACUGCCAUUGGCGAUUGCCAAAUAAACGGAUCACCGAUGUAAUAAAUGGAUCUUAAUUUUAAAUUUAAUACCAAACAGAAAACAAUAAACUUGCGGAAAAGAUGAUAUACCGCAAACAAAAGUUGCAAAGGUUUUUGUACAUCAUAUCCGGAUUUCGACAAAUAAUGUCUCUUCAGUGAUGUUAGGAAUCGAAACGGUAUUUGGAAGGCCAUAUAAUUUACCUCAAUUUAGGAUAGACUCUUGAAUUUUGAAAGAGUCAAAAUAGGAUGAACGGAUCAUAUAAACCCGAAGGCAAAUAUAAUACAAGCCCAAACGAAAAAAUAUAAACACGUAUAAAUAUAUAUAUGGUAUGCAAGUAUUUAUUAACGAUAUAGGAUUAAAAGUGUCUCUGAGACAAUAUAUAUAUUGACCCGUUCUUUAGUCUGUUUUAAAAAGCACUGAUCAAGCCUAUACUGAUUUAUCGACAAAUAUGGUAUUGUAAACAAUUAAAUUGCCAUAUAUGGUAAUGGCGCAAAACGAAAGUAGCAUAUACUCUAAUAAAAUUUAAUAGAUUUACCUGUAAUGUUUUAAAAUAGAUUUUUCUAAACAGCUCUUACCUGCAUGUACUAUCGCAGCAAAAGGUACACAGACUAGUCAGGUACUUUUUGCUUCAGAAAGAAUGUCUGCAGACGAAGAUGUAUGGCAGCCAUGUAUUCAUCAAAUUCAGGGAACUGGGAAAGAGAGACGAAUAACAAUAAGUUUGAGUGAAACUUUACAAAAGUUAGAAGUUGAGAAAGUGGCAUUAAGUAUUGGUGGAUUUCGUUACUGCUCUGAUUUUUUCAGAUCAUUGUUAACAGUUGGGCUGAACAAAAUCAGUGGUACAUCACAGAGACAAGUUUUUAUAGCUAUUGAAAAGAUGCUAUUUGAAGCUUUGUCUUCUGAAACAAAUCUUAAUUGUGUACGUAAACUGUUGAGGACUGCAUUGACGUCUUUGGAAAAGGGAGAGAGGAAUAGAAUUGGUAGCAAACGGUUGUGGAACAAACAUAAGGAGACAGUUAGCAAUCUUCUAUGUCGAUUGGACAUGUUUGAAAUAAAACCGAGAGAAGAGGAUGGUAAGCCAAUGUUUCUAGAUCUACCAAAAGAAUGCAUUUACAACAUUAUUUCCAAACUGUCAAAUCCUAAAGACAUUCUUAACCUGGGACAAGCUUGUAGCUAUCUCAAUGUCAUAUGUGAAGAUUCACUACUAUGGCAACAGUUAUGCUUCCUCCAUUUCUCGGAAAAACAAGUUGCUUCACUUACUACCGAUGACUUGGAUUACAGUGACACUAUCUGGAUACAUAUGUUUUAUUUAUGUAAAGGGCGGUUCAAAUUAACAUUUACGGAGGUGUACGGAGACGAGGUUGUUUUGUGCGAUAAUUGUAGGAAGUUAUAUUGGAGGAUACAAGGACAUCCCUGUUCAAAUCCAGAUAUGGCUCCAUCAAAGUCUUCUAUAACACCUGAACAAUUUGUGAAUAUGUUCAAACUAUGAUGUAAUUAAAUAUACACAACUGGUUUUACUUGAGUGAAUAAGGCUUGUCUACAACAAACUAUGCACAUGCAGAUUCUAAAUGCUGUGAUGGACAGCACUAAUUCUCCACGAGAUCUGCACAUUGAUGGGAGAGAUAAUCAGUGACUAUGAUAGUACUUUUCAUUUACUACACUCAAUUUCUAAAAUUUCUAGCACUAUCAGUACAUAAAUAUGUUUUGUUUAUCUGUUAGUUUGUUUGUGUUUAUCUCCACUUUCAGUGCCUUUGGCUGAAUUAUGGCAGCCAGUUUCUAUUGGUGGAGGAAACAAGAGUAUCAGGAGAGAACCACAGACUUAUGGUUGGAAAACUGACAUUUCUGACCAAUUAAUAAAAACCACACCUUGCCAUGAGCAGGGUUGGAAGUCAUAACCUCGGUGUUGACAAGCUAACUAUCAUAGCAGAUGAACUACUUAGACCGCUUGACCAAAUAGACCCAUCAUUAAUAUGCAAUCAAGCUCUACAGUUUUUAACAAACUAGACAUUGGAAAGGAAACACAUUUUGAGGCUUAUUUUGCCCUACAAAAUCAAGGACAAAGAAAAAUUGUAUGCUGCCAACCAUUUAGAAUAAUUUAUUUUUAAAUAUCUGAUAGAAACCUUUCAUAAAAUAUUAACAUAAACUCUGAUUUGAUGAUGCAAUAAUUCAGGGAUUUAGCUAAAAAAAUUGCAGCUAAAUCGAGAAAGAGCACAAGCAUAUUCAAAUUUAAUUUUUGUGAUCAAGUAAGAUAAUAACAAAAACACUUCAUGUGUAAAAUAUUUUUUGCUUGAAGCAAACAAAAAUGGUAUCCUAAUAUUUUGAUUGAUAAUAAGUCUUUAAAGUUACAAACUCUUUAUAUAUUAUAGCAUGCUAGUUAAAAGUCAUAAUUUUAUACAAUUAUUUUUCAAUUUUACUGCAUUUAUGGUAAUUUCAUGAUCUGAUAUCUUUUCUUUAGUAUUUAUAAAUUAGAACUGGUGGUUGAAAAUUGUUAUAAUUGAAUUAUAAUGGUGUACUGGAGAUGUUAAAGGGAUCUCAAAUUCCCAAUAACAUGAAGUAUUCAGUACUGCAGAAAUAUAAGUAAAAAUCUGCAAGCUAUUAUUGCAAGAAGAAUGAAACUACUAAAUGAAUUAAUGUAGUAAAACUUUACACCAGUUAUAACCUAAAUGUAAAUGUGAAUAACAUAUCAAUAUUUCUUUCCUACAGAGGCUUCAUGUUUUUUAGUGUGUUAUUAAAUUUUUUACACAA